UCCCAAACAGUGAUCACCCUAAAGUUGUAUUAUUAUUUCGUUGUUGUGGAUUUGAUUUUCUAAAAGCAGCCUGACCUCCCGCUGUCUUCAUUUUAGGAGUUGUUAUUAAUUAUGGAUAUGUUAUGUAUGUAAUUCGGGAGAUGCGUCUGCAAAAAGCAGGAAGUCGGCGGUUUAUCACGGUGAGAGGAGACUUUCCGCAAUGGCAGCCCUGUGGAAAGCCCUGGUCUUGGUGCUCCUGGAGGCUCUGCUGUGCCCUGCGGAUGAAGUUACAUUAAAGCCGAAACCUGCCCGCAAACCCGUCCGAUUAUUCACUGACGACGAUCUACGAAGUUACAACGGCCUGAAGGAAGGGAAGCCGAUCUACCUGGCAGUGAAAGGAGUGGUAUUUGACGUAACUAAAGGGAAAGAGUUUUAUGGGAGAGGUGCACCAUACAAUGCCUUGGCAGGGAAGGACUGCACGAAAGCUGUCGCGAAAAUGUCUCUGGACCCUGAAGACUUAACGCAUGACACUACCGGAUUAGCUGAGGAAGAGCUGCAGUCACUGGACAGCAUAUUCAAAGACACCUACAAAGCGAAAUACCCAAUCGUGGGCUACACAGCCAGGCGGAUCCUGAACGAGGACGGCAGCCCCAACAAACACUUUCAGCCUGAAGAUCAGCCCAAUUUCAGCAUCAAGGACGAGUUUUAAAAAGUCAGUUCCAUCUGGAACUAAAAGGGAAAAAAAACACAUUUAUACAUCAAUCAUGCAAAUAUUUGGUACCAUUUACAACAGUGUGGCAGUCUCUCAUAUUUUUAAUGUGUUCUUCAUGGAGUUAAAAUGCCUUCACAUAAUUAGGUAUUAAGUGUUUCAGUCCAUGUAAUGUAGUUAACAUGGUCCUAUUUGUGACUGAACCUCCAGACAUUUCCUUAGAGGGUAAAAGUUUAAACUCACAUUGCCUUUAAGUCUAUUUGCCCUGUUUCAUUUUGUGAAAGUAGAGCGUGAAUCCAAUGCCAGAUCAUUACCUCAAACGGUAACCUGGUUUAAACCUGGAAUUAAGACCAGUGAUGUGCUUUUCGUUUAUCAAUCUGAUCUCCACCAGUGUUCCAACUGCUGGUACCGGAACAUGUCACAGAUUGGCGGCUUCAGGGUAUGUUGUCAUUUCAUUUAUCAGGUGUAUUUAUGAAGGAGGUCACAUCUUUGGAUCAGUGGAGGGUGUGCUCGUCAUAUUUGAUGGGAAACUCAUUGUGAUGUCCGGUGUAAAUGGGAUCCAAAUUGCUGCGCUUCCCCGUUCGGUCCUUGGGGACCCGCAGACAGUCCAGAAAUGUGGACAGUCUGGCAGGGAGCUGGGAGGGAGCAAGAACAUGGACCGUCUGUGGGACCCCGACGACUAGGUUGGGAAACGCUGCAAAUUGGAUUUCCAUCUCAGCUGAGUAAGUGAAUCUGAGACACGGUUGUUUAAAGGAAAUAUUUUUCCAUUCAUCUUGCGGUAUAAUGCACACCUCUGAGAUGUAGUUUCCAACUACAGACUGUAAUUAGUUUUUUUUUUUCUUCUACCUAAUUUUAUAGCAUUUGUGAAGUGUCUGAUAUCUGAUUGCUAUGGUACAAAAUAUGUUUACUGUAUUUUAGUACACUACAAUUCUGUGAUUUGUUUUGGGUGAUAUGCUUGAGAUGAAAAUUCUAGACUUUGACAUAAUUGAUGCAUUAUUGUUACUAAGUUAAUUACGAAUAAAUAUGAAUAGAUGCA